AUGUCGUCUAAUAAUAUAAAUAAUAUUAAGCUAGUUAUCAUAAAUUGGAAUGCCAAUGGAAUUAAACAAAAUCGUAACACAUUCGCAGCGUUCUUAUCAGCACAUAAUGUCGAUAUCGAGUGCGUAAGCAAAACACAUCUAAUUGCUAGUGACAAAAUUAAAUUUAAUGGGUACACCACUUAUCUCAAAGAUAGUUUAUCGGUGCAACCUGAAGGUGGUGUCGCUAUAAUAAUUAAAACAAAAAUUAAAAAUCAUCAAACUUAUCCACCUACUUUGCAAACUCUUGAAGCAGUAGCAAUAUCUAUUUCGAUAAAUCACUCAAUCACAACAAUAAUUAGCGCUUACCAAUCGCCUAGCUUUCAAAUGUACACUAAUGACUUUGACAAAAUAUUAAAUAGCUAUCAAAGAAUUUUGUUAGUAGGUGACCUUAACUGCAAACGGACGUAA